AUGGUGGCUGCAAGCGUCGACGCGGCCCCCCUCUCCCCCCCCCGUUCGCCACAUUGUGUGGCAGGGGGCCAGCCAACCCCAAGUGAGCCUGUUGAGUCUUGGAGAAAUUCUUCAAAAGGGUCUCGUGGGUGCAACCCUUUUGCGCCUCUCUAUGUUCUUCCCGGCCGUUGGUUUCCAUGCAGGACAGCCUCAAGUUCGCGGGCAGUGCCUGCCCUGGAGCCACGCGCGGUCGAUGCGAAGAAAGCGGAGGCCCCUUUCCAGAUUCCUCUGCACCGUCUGACAGUACAUCGUGCUUCUUCGCGUCUCCUGCUGUGCGCGGACGCCAACGGAGGCGCGGGGGGAGCGCAGCACGAGGGGAAAGAUGAGGCCUUAAGCGAGAUCGAAGGCGGCGCCUCCGAGACAGUGGACACUCUGUUUGGUCUGGAGUUCGAAAGCAACGAAUCGCAGACUUCAUUCCUCAGCGCUCUGAAGAGCCUCAGACAGCAACAAAGUGGCCUCUCCAAAGGAGGGGCCGCCGGGAGAGGUGGUCACCUGCACAAGAUGGAGGGAGCCUCCGUUUCCUCCUACUUCGGAUACUACGCAAGACACAGCACUCAGCGAGACAUGCUGAGAGACCCCACAAGAACUGCAGCCUAUAAGGCAGCGAUCACGCAGAAUUGCAGAGAUUUCAGGAACAAAAAGGUCCUGGAUGUGGGAGCAGGGUCCGGCAUUCUUUCGUUUUUUGCUGCAAUGCAAGGCGCCCACAAAGUGUAUGCGGUGGAGGCGUCCGAGAUGGCUGCAACGGCGCGACUGUUAGCCUCCGGAAAUCCCUCCUUCGGCUCUCUCGUCGAGGUGCUGCAACAGCCUGUGGAAACGGUGGAGCUGCAGCAGCUUGGAGGGGAACGGGUGGAUGUGCUAGUUUCGGAGCCGCUGGGAACUUUUUUGUUCAAUGAAAGAAUGAUCGAGAGUUACCUCUAUGCCAGGGAUCACCUCCUCAAACCAGGAGGAUUGAUGUUUCCUCGGAGGAGUCGUUUGUUCUGUGCGCCUUUUAGCGAUGCUUCUCUGUUUGCCGAGGUUUCCUGUCGCGGCUCUUUCUGGGAAAAUCAAAACUUUUACGGAGUUGAUUUGAGAGGCGCUGUCUCCGCUGCUACCGAUGAGGCUUUCAGGCAGCCCAUUGUUGACUACGUUGAUCCUCGGAGUUUGGUGGCAACCCCACAGUGUACGGAGUAUGACUUCGCUACACUCCACCCGACAGACCUUCAUGAUGUGAGCGCGGCAUGGCCAGCAGCUAGCAUCAAUCUCAAGUUCUCCUUCGAGGUGACGACGCCAUCUGUUCUUCACGGCGUUGCCACUUGGUUCACGGUUGAGUUCGAAGGUUCUGACUUCUGUGUUGGAUUUACCACAGGGCCGGAUGGUCCCCCUACGCAUUGGUUUCAGCUGCGUCUGUUGAUGCGCCCCCCCCUGGCUGUGAACGCGGGGCAGACUGUUGAUGUUCACUUGCGAAUGCUAGCAACGCCGCAACAAAGCUACAAAAUUAGCGGCAGGAUGUCUCUUGUCGGCACUGAAUUCUCGUCCACGUGUGCAGAGGUAGACCUCAAGCGUCAAGAGGUUUGCAGGAAAAAAUCAGCAUGUGUCUCUCCACACUUUGCAAUGCCACUCACCCUUAGUCUACCAUCGCAUGGGCCAGAGAGAGGCGGUUUUUGCUUGUUUGUGAGACCGUCUGCAGCCCAACUCGUCAUGGCUCCAGACAAAUCAACCAAUACUCAAGGGGCGUACAGCCCUGUGAAGGCAUGUUUUCCUGACCGACAGGGUACACGCUAUUCUGACAGUCUUUCAUCGUCCUUUGAUCUUCCGACAAGCGAACAAAGGGAGCCGCAGGAGAAGCAGUUAAAGCUCGUAUGUCUAUGA